AUGUCCUUGUUCUAUCAAGAUCCUUCUGCACCUGGUGUCUCUGUGGUUGUGCAGGUCAUGGACGUCGCAGUCGUGGGCUCGGCAGCGCUCCUACAGCCGCAGCAGCGAGAGGUCCGGCCACAGGAGAACCCCCAGUGUGUCCCUGUGUUCCUUCAAAUAAUUGUCAUCUGCGAGGGCGCGUCGGCAGGCCCUACAGCAAGCAGCAGAGGUCGCCCCAGGGACAAGGACAAGGACAAAGCCAAGGACAAGGGCAAAGGGAAGGAGAAGGAGAUCCACGGCACCAAGGCUGGGGACUCUGCAAACAUCAAAGCUGGAUUAGAACAUCUGACUCCUGCUGAACAGGCCAAAGCCAGGCUGCAGCUGGUUCUGGAGGCAGCUGCCAAAGCAGACGAAGCGUUGAAGGCCAAGGAGAGAAGUGAAGAAGAAGCCAAGAGAAGAAAGGAAGAAGACCAAGCCACCCUCCUGGACCAGGUGAAGCGAGUGAAGGAGAUCGAAGCCAUCGAGAGCGACGCCUUCGUCCCACAGACCUUCAGGUCCAGCAAAGAAGUCAAAAAGUCAGCAGAACCUCCUGAACUGCACCAGGAGCCUGUGAAUGUGGGAGCAGGAGCCACUGAGGCAGCUGCUGCUGAGAAAGAGCCUCCAGCUGCCAACAUGCCCACUGCCAUCAAGUACCAGGAUGACAAUUCCUUAGCACAUCCAAAUCUGUUCAUGGAGAAGGCAGAGGCUGAGGAGAAGUGGUUCCAGAGGCUGGUGGCUCUGCGCCAGGAGAGGCUGAUGGGGAGCCCCGUGGCCUGAGAGCCCCCAGGAGCAUCCCAGGCCCCUUCCCACACUUUGGGAACUCCACACUCAGCUCUUCUUCUUGUCUUGUAGAGGAGAUUUCAGUGAGCUGGGCAGGCAGGGAGAGUUUCACCUGGAAAACCAGGAAUCUUCUGCCCUGCUCCACCUGGAGAAUCAAGAAUGUCCUGCCCUGCUCCACCUGGGUAACUGGGAAUGUUCUCUCCUGGUUCCCCUGAAUGACCAGGAAUGUUUUGUCCUGCUCCACUUGGAGAAUCAAGAAUAUCCUUGCCUGCUCCACCUGGGUAACUGGGAAUGUUCUCUCCUGGUUCCCCUGGAUAACUGGAUAUGUUCUCUCCUGGUUCCCCUGACUAACCAGGAAUCUUCUGUCUUGGUUCCCCUGAAUAACCAGGAAUGUUCUCUCCUGGUUCCCCUGGCUAACCAGGGAUGUCCUGCCCUGGUUCUCUGCAAGCUCAGUGCUGGAGAUGGGCAGGGCAGCACAGCCCAGGGGAAUUUCCUUUUUUUUUUUGGAGGGAAUUCCUCAGGUGUGAAGAGCACCUGGCAGCCCAUGAAAUAUCAUUUUAUCCCUCCCAAUGAAAUAUCAUUUUAUCCUUCCCAAUGAAAUAUCAUUUUAUCCCUCCCAACCCAGAGGGUUUCACAGAGCCAGGUGGGAGUUGGGAGCCAAGUGGGCACUGAGGGCAGGGACAGUGAGGGAUGGGUGGAGCCAUCCCAGGGCACUCCAGGUCCUGCAGCUGGAGAGGAUCCAGGCUCCAUCCCUGUCAUCCCUUCCUCCUGUGCAGUCCUGGGCAGGCUCCUCCUGAGGAAUCCUCUCCCUGGGUGUGUUCAUCCCUCUGCUCCCAUCCCACUUCCUCACUCUGGGGGAAAUGCUCCACGUUUCCUUGAGCAUCUGCCACUCCUGCAACUCCAGAUGGGGAAUUUUAUCAACCUCAUCAUUUCUGUAAUUACCAAAUGAUGGAAUUAUCACACAACUGCUUCUGGGCAGGGGCUGUUCCCAGCCCAUGGAGUUCCCUUGGGCCAGGUGGGACUUUCAAAUAAUCAAAGCUUUGUCUGAACAUCUGAAUUUAGCCUGGAUAAACUUCCACAAAAAUCUGCCCAUCAUCCAUCUAAGUGCAGGAAAUCAACCAAAUCAAAUCAAUAAAAUGCAAAAGUGUUUCUUCAGCAAAGCUGGGAGGAAAUGGUCACAUCAGGAGAGGAGAAAACUGAGCCCCACCUCUGGAUGUGCUCCCUGGAACUGCCCUGCACCAGCAUUCCCCUGGGAAGCUGCUUUUGGGGUUAUUCCUCCUGGUUCUCAGAUCUGUAGUGAGAAAAAUGGAGGCUGACUCUGCAAAUGGACUUUGGUUGUUUUAGUUUUUAUUUUAGAUCCUGGAUGUAAAAGGAAAAUGUAUUGAAUUUGCAUUCUGACAUUUUUACUUCCUUUAUGAAGUGUUAGUUUGACUUUAUCCUGCGUCAAAAUAUUCCAAGACCUUGUCUGCAGGGAAAAGUGGGAAAAAUUUGUUUCCCUUGUUUCAUUUCAGCAUUUUUAAAUGGUAAGAUUUGUCAUUGCUGUGUUUUCUCAUCACCUUUUGUGUUUCUUUCAUAGAAAAUAAAAACUGUUUGAUGUCCAUGGAAGGUCUAGGUGUAAAUUUCUCUUUUCACGCAUUGUGUUGCAUAAUUUUGGUGCUUUUAUUGGAUGCAAAAUGAU